AACCGGGACCGGGAAUCCCGACCAGGAACCCCGGGAGUGGAUUAGGGACCGGUAUGGGCAGGGCACGGGGAUCCCCGGGCACCGGGAGCGGACCGGGAACCAGGAUGGGCAGGGUACCAGCAUUCCCCGGGCUCUGGGGGAGGAGCGGGGACAGGGAUGGGCAAAGCCGCGGGAGCUCAGUGCGGGUCCGUUUCCCCUCGCAGCGGUCCCACGCAACCACGCUGCUCCGGGUAGUGCUAAAAAUGCGGCGGGGACAAGGGAAACGAAAGGCCGACGCCCCGGAGCUGCCACGCGUGUCUCAGAGGAGGAAGGAGGAAGAGGAGGAGAUGCGGGAGGCCCGGCGGAGGGCGGCCCCGUCCGUGCGAGAGUUCAAAUACAACAAAAAGCGGGUUCGUCUCGUCUCGCAGGGCUCGGACCUGAAGGAUGAUGCUCGGUGCAUCCUUUACUGGAUGUCCCGGGACCAGCGGGUGCAAGAUAACUGGGCUUUCCUCUACGCCCAGCGCCUGGCCCUCAAGCAGGAGCUGCCUCUGCACAUCUGCUUCUGCUUGGUGCCCAAAUUCCUGGAUGCCACCAUCCGCCACUAUGAUUUCAUGCUGAGGGGCCUGCAGGAGGUGGCUGAGGAGUGCUCAGAGCUGAACAUCCCCUUCCACUUGCUGCUGGGCUAUGCCAAGGACGUGCUGCCCACAUUCGUGGUGGAGCAUGGUGUGGGUGGGCUGGUGACAGACUUCUGCCCCCUCCGCCUCCCCCGGCAGUGGGUGGAGGACGUCAGGGAGCGGUUGCCAGAUGAUGUGCCCUUUGCGCAGGUUGAUGCCCACAACAUCGUGCCCUGCUGGGUUGCCUCCCCCAAGCAGGAAUACAGUGCCAGGACCAUCCGGGGCAAGAUCCAUGCUCAGCUCCCAGAGUUCCUCACAGAGUUCCCCCCCGUCAUUCGUCACCCAUAUCCCCCCUCCUGCCCAGCAGAGCCCAUUGCUUGGGAGGCUUGUUAUUCCAGCUUGCAGGUGGACCGCACCGUGAAGGAGGUGGAGUGGGCAACCCCGGGCACGGCUACAGGGCUGUCUGUGCUGCAGUCCUUCAUUGCGGAGCGGCUGAAAUCCUUUGGCUCCCACCGGAAUGAUCCCAACAAGGCAGCGCUCAGCAACUUGUCCCCAUGGUUCCACUUUGGCCAGGUUUCCACCCAACGAGCCAUCCUGGAGGUGCAGAAGCACCGGGGCAAGUACAAGGAGUCAGUGGAUGCAUUCAUAGAGGAGGCCGUGGUGCGGCGGGAGCUGGCUGAAAACUUUUGCUAUUACAAUGAGAACUAUGACAGCGUGCAAGGUGCCUACGACUGGGCACAAACCACCCUGAAGCUCCAUGCCAAAGACAAGAGGCCUUUUCUCUACAAGCUGCAGGAGCUGGAGCAGGGGGCCACACAUGACCCACUCUGGAAUGCUGCCCAGCUCCAAAUGGUCCGGGAGGGCAAGAUGCACGGCUUCCUACGGAUGUACUGGGCCAAGAAGAUCCUGGAGUGGACCCGCUCUCCUGAGGAGGCCCUGCAGUUCGCCAUCUACCUCAAUGACCGCUACGAGCUGGAUGGGAGGGACCCCAAUGGAUACGUAGGCUGCCUCUGGUCCAUCUGCGGCAUACACGACCAGGGCUGGGCAGAGCGGGCCAUCUUCGGGAAGAUCCGCUACAUGAACUACGCCGGCUGCAAGCGCAAGUUCGAUGUGGGCCAGUUUGAGCGUCGUUAUGCGCCCCACACGCCCUCCCAGUGACAGGCACAGCAUGCCUUGAGAUUGCUCGUGCCCCUCUAUGCUGUGGGCAGAUGAGCCUUUGCCAAGGCGCCAGCUCGCACCUUACACCCCGGCCAGGAUCACCCUAGUGCUUGCUGUUGGGAGGGCUCACUGUAAUGGCAGCAAGCCCCAGGGUUUUGGAGGUCUCUUUGUGCCAUCACCCUCUGCUUGAGGUGCUGUGCCGAGGCAGCUGCCAGAGCCCCGCAGGUCUGUGCAGGGCCCUCCUGCUGCCAGGGGUUUGCUGGCAGCUGCCAGAGCCCAUCCACAGCGUGCCCAUGCCUGCCAGAAACCUCUUCUACAACCACUGUGCUCAGCAGCAAGCCCAAGUCACUGCUGCUGCUGGUAACCACAGCUUAGAUUUAUGCUGAGCAGGGCUUUUUUGGGAAAAAGCCCCCAGAAACUGGCUUCUCAUGCUGUGCCCUGCUUCGCUCCACGCAGAGCCAGCGCUGUGCUGAGCUUGCACACGCAUCUUUCAACAGUUGUUUUAAAGUUUACAGUUUGUAUCUCCUGUGUCUGAUGUUUAUGGGGCAAUGCACAACACUGCUGUGAGGGGAGGGCUGGGCUGCGUGGGUCAGGGAUGCACGUAGGGAUGGGGCAGCCAAGGCCCUGCCCCUGGGCCACUCUGCCAGUGGCCAAGGCAGGCUCAGGAAGGGGACAGGCGUCACAGAGCCCCUUGCUCGGUGGCUUUGUACCUCCUGCCCCAAGCCCAGUGGGCAGUUUGCAGGGGGAAGCCACAAACCAGAUGGGUUUAGCCAAGGGGCAGUGACAAUAACCCCCUCCCAGUGACACCUGGUGAUGCACCAAUAGUUGCACAACUUCUGGCCCCUGCCACUAGCCUGUGUACCCUGCUCCCUCCCUGCCCCACGGCCAACAGGCACGGCAGCACUGACCCCAAGGUGGGGGAUACACACUGUUACCCCACCUGAAAUGAUGCCAAAACGCAGCUAGGCCCCUUAUUAACUUAGUUUAUUAGGGACGGCAUUUUUGUUGUUGUGCUGUGCAAUAGUCCCACACAGAGGGCUCCAGCUGGCAGCCAGGGCAGCCCCUUGCUCUCCCUUACACAGCUCACUGCCUUGGCCAGUUCCAGUGUUACUCCUAGCACUGGGCAGCAGCGUCAGUGCCGGGCACAACCCUGCCCUGGAGACCUCCGCUGGGUUUACAAGUCCCGCUGCUUCCAAAGUCCAUGGUGGAGGGUAGAAACCACAAAUAAGCAAAAAUCCUUUCCCUCUUCUCUAAAUGUACUCAGUGCUUCUAGAAAGGGACGUGGGCAGCCUCUCGCUGCUGUCCCAGGACAUUAAAGUGCUUCAAACAAAAAAGGGUGGAUGGAGGUGUGCUGCUGAGGCAGCUCCAGAGAAGGGGGUGCCAGUUCCAGGCAGCCGCAGGAGGGAUGGGCUUGGGGACAGGCAAGACCAAGGCAAACCAGCAUCUGGUAGCCCCAGGGCUUGCAGAAAUGGAAAUUGAGGAGGAAAGAAGCUGUUCCCCUGAGGAAAACAAGCAGAAUCAAGACAGGAGGAGGCAAAAACUCCAGGGGAAGGGAGUGGGGAGCUGAAUCCCCUUUCCUGGGCUAGAUCCUGGCUUUGCCAGGAUGCUGCAGAGCAGGGGGAGAGAUGCUGCCAUGCAGCAGCCUGGCCCCCAGUAGUGAGGCUUGUGCCAUCCUCUCUGACCAAGCCCUGUGGCCACCUCUCCUGGUCGCAGCCUCUCCCCUCGCCCCAACCCUGCCACCCUUGCAGGGGACAGCCCUCGAGUGCCACUGCCCAGCCUCAAGCCAGGGUCCAUGCUGCAAGAGCCAUUGUCCCUCGAUGCCUUCUGCCAGUGUAUCACUCCCCAGUCCCUCAACACCCUUCUUGCACGUACACAGGCCACAGUGUCCUUCCAAACACCCCCCUGCCACCCCCCAUUCCACCCCUGUGAGUGCUGGACACUCCCCCAUGCCGUGGGCUAAAGCACUCCCCUGCGGUGCAGAGGCAGCUCCUUGCCUGGCCGCUAGUCCCGGAGCUCAGAGCUCACCUUGGACCGGUGGGUCCAAUCCUGCGGAGACGUUGAUCAUGGCAGGCAGCUCUGCAUCGGCAAGGGUCCAACCCUUUGCAACAUCCCAGUGCCAAACCCCUCUCCCCCCACGCACCUCCCCACAGGCUGCCUGGCCACUCUGCUGCACCGCAGCUGGAAAGAGGCUUUGCCUGGCUCAGGGACCCCUCUCCCAAGGGGAGCAGGAGAUCUGCCGGAGGAGGGGACACCUGGCAAACACCAGCCCCAUCCAGGGGUGAGGGACCGGGAGCAGGACAGCGCUGGAGAUUUUAUACCAGUGAGUCCCAAGCAGAUCGCAUGUCCCCUAAAGAGACAUUUCCAGCAAGACCUCCUUGGGGGGGGAACACACAGUUAAAAAUACAAGCAACAGCAUUAAAAAAA